AUGCAAGAUGAACUCGCAGAACUAAGACGACAGCUUCUGGCAGAGCAGCACCUUCGCAAGAAAGAACAACGCCGACGCGAGGAGGCUGAAGAACUCGCGAGGGCGUCACAACCACAGACCCUUCAAAAUUCCCGCUCAUUCGCUUCGAGACCCGUGUUCCCAUCGCCGCAUCAAUUGGACUACGUCAUGUCUUUGAUCAGCCCGAUCAGCAACGAGACUGACCUCGGGAAUUUCCAGCGCGAUACUGUUGAGAACGCGGUUCAGAAGCUCAUCGACGAGCUGUACAGCAACGCGCGACUCAGAAGUGAUAUCGGCUUGCAAGGGACCGUGACUUUUGAGAGCCGCACGAAUCUCGGACGCACAGACGAAGUCCUUUCUGAAGAUCAUAUGUCUAUGGAAAGGGAUGAGACUGAUGCCGCGGCAAUGGCACCAAGACCAUUAAAUCGCAAGUCCCGACGCAGAGCUAGAGGGAAGGCCAAUCGGGCAGAUCAGUUCUGCAUUUACCGCAUCUCAGAUGGCCGAAAUAUUCCGGCCGUGGUAAGCUGCAACGUGACGAGGUCGUCACCGAUCUGGAGUCGGAGGUUAGACCAGAACGCGACGUAA